AUGUCGCAGCUCGAAAUCAUCUUCUCCGAUGGCUACACGGGUGUCAAGGGAUACCCCGCCGCUAAUGCCCCCUUAUUCGGAUCGGAGUUCUUCUCACUCCUCGCCGCCUCCGUGCACCCCUUCGGCCGCGGCUCAGUACACAUGAAGUCGACGAACAUCAACACGCCGCCCGCUAUCGACUCCAAGUACCUCCAAAACCCAUACGAUCUCCACUCCAUGAUUGUUGCCGCGAAGUUCAUGCGCAGCAUCGCCACCGCAGCACCUAUGUCCUCAGUUUGGACUACUGAGUACGAACCUGGCAGUGCGGUAGCCACGGACGCGGAUUGGGAGGCCUACGCCCGCGCUAACACGCUGAGUAUUUACCACUCCGUCGGGACUUGCGCGAUGCUUCCUCGUAAAGAUGGGGGUGUUGUGGACCCGAAGUUAAGGGUUUAUGGCGUGAGUCGGCUAAGAGUCGUGGAUGCUAGCAUUAUUCCAAUUAUUCCGGGAGCGCAUAUCUAG